AUGGAAUAUUCUCCGCCACCACUGAGCGCUCAAACAUACUUCCACGAUGAGAAGAUACACAUAAUUCUCGCGGCCAGCGGAUCUGUCGCUACAAUCAAAUUGCCGAAUAUCGCUCAAGCGCUUAGUCGUCACCACAAUGUGUCUAUUCGUAUCAUCGUCACCAAGUCAGCGGAGCGCUUUUUAGAUGGACAGAGCCUGGAACAGCCUUCAUUAGAAGCUCUGCGAGCAGUCCCAGGUGUUGAGGCUAUUUACAGAGAUGAAGAUGAGUGGAAGAAUCCCUGGACUCGGGGGGAACCGAUACUGCACAUAGAACUUAGGAAGUGGGCGCAUUUAUUGCUUGUUGCGCCCCUCUCGGCUAACACCAUGGCUAAGAUGACCAUGGGAAUGGCCGACAACCUUCUACUCUCGGUGAUAAGAGCAUGGGAUACGACCGGGAUGGUGGAUGGCAAAUUGAAGACUAAGAAGCCGCUUAUCUUUGUUGCUCCAGCAAUGAACACGGCAAUGUGGAAUCAUCCCAUUACUGGCAAACAGAUUGAGAUUUUAGAGAAGGAAUGGGGUGUGAAUAAUUCAAGCAAGGAUGGCUGGGUUUCCGUUCUUCGGCCCAUGGAGAAGCACCUUGCUUGUGGUGACACUGGCAAUGGUGCCAUGAUGGAUUGGGAGGCUAUAGUCUGUGCCGUGGAGCAGUAUAUCGGUGUUCAAACACGAAGGCGUUCGAACAUUACAGGGUGA